AUGGCGGACAAGGAGCAAGAGAACCGUCUCUUUAUAGGAGGUUUAUCGUGGAAUGUGACCGAACAGCAGCUCGAUAAUGCUUUCAGCCGUUACGGAAAAAUUGUUGAUUGCCAGGUUGUGCUGGAAAGAGGUACGGGCCGUCCUCGCGGGUUUGGCUUCAUUACAUAUGCCGACCGCCGCUCGAUGGACGAAGCAAUAAGGGAAAUGCAUGGCAGAGAGUUGGGAGAUCGAGCCAUCACAGUUAAUAAGGCCAAGCCGAAGAUGAGCGGUGAGGACCCGCCAAGUCAUCAUGGCUAUGGAGGUUACUCGUCCGGUGGAAGAAGGGAUAGGUCUGCAGGUCCGGAUGACUGUUUCAAAUGCGGAAGGCCGGGCCAUUGGGCCCGGGACUGCCCGUCAGCUGGUGGGGCCCGAAUUGCUCGUCCGAUCUCGCCUCCACGCUUGAGUUAUGGAGACCGUUAUGCAGAUUAUCGUGAUAGAUAUGCUGUGGAUGAUAGAUAUGACAAAAGUCGUAAUGGUGGUGAUAGAGACCGAUAUGACAGUCGAGAUGAUAGAUACGGGAGUCGUGAUCGGUUUAUCAAUGACAGGUACGCCCCAGCUGGAGACCGCUAUCCUGUGGAUAGGUAUGGAGCCCCCGAACGUUACCCUCAGAAUGGAUAUGGCAAAGUUAGAGCUUAUGAUAGAGAUGGGCCCCCAAGAGGUUUCGGUGAGCGGUACGGAGCUGCUGGGCCCCCACGAUACGAAGCAGGAAGAAGCUACAGAGACAGGCCCGGCCCAUAUGACCGCCCUUCUAGGAGGGGAGCCCGGCCCCCUUCAUUGGACCGGUUCUGA